AUGGCGGAACUGAAUGUGUCCCUGGCCUUCUUCUGCAGCACCUUUGUGGCCUGUGAGGCAGCCAGGAGGGCCUGCAGGUGGCUGCUCCCUGCUGGCACCUGUGCCAGCCUGGCCCAGGAGGCUGUGGGUGCGGCUCAGCUGGCGGCCUGCUGCCUGGAGCUGCGGGUGCUGGUGGAGCUGGGGCCAUGGGUUGCUGGCCUGGGGGCCGACCUACUGCUGACAUUGCUCUUCCUGCUUUGCCUGGGCCAUGGCGUGUCUCUGGACAGGACCUGGGCCAACCCCACAGUGGCCCUGCAGGACCUACUCCUGGUGGAGGUGUCCCUGCCCAGCACCCUGCUGAGGCUUGUGGCCCAGGCCCUCGGCAUGGCAGCCGCCUGCAUCCUAACCCAGCUCUGCUGGUCCUGGGAGCUCAGCUCUCUGCACCUUUUCCAGAAGCUCCUGGCCUCAGAGUGCAGCUCCACGCUACGCACAUCCGUGCCCCACGGGGCCCUUGUGGAGGGCGCCUGUGCUCUCUGCUUCCACCUGACCCUGCUCCGGUUCCGGUCCAGCCCUCCUGUGCACCGAGUGCCAGCCAUCGCUCUGCUGCUCACUGUCCUGGGCUACAUAGCUGGACCCUUCACAUCAGCCUUCUUCAACCCCACACUGGCCUCUGUCAUCACCUUCAGCUGCUCGGGGAACACCUUGCUGGAGUACAUCCAGGUGUACUGGCUAGGCCCUCUCGCAGGCAUGGUCCUGGCCGUCCUGCUGCACCAGGGCAACCUGCCCUGGCUUUUCCAAAGGAACCUGCUAUACCGUCAGAAGAGCAAGCACCGAACUCCCAGAGGGAAGCCAGCCCCAGUGCCUGGGCAGCCCACGACCACAACAAAGGGGCAGAGCCCAGGGGACACUGGGGGGAGGAGCAGGGCAGGGCGGCCACUGUGCCCCCACUGA